AUGCCCAUUUUCGAUUAUUCGAACAAAGUCGUCGUCCUGACAGGGCUUGGCGCUGUCGGCGAUGGCUAUGGAAAUGGCACUGCAAUGGCAACAGCAAUGGCACGCCAGGGCGCCAUCAUCUUUGGUUGCGACAUCAAUCUGGAAGCGGCCAAUAAAGCUGCCGAAUUGAUCCGGAACGAGCCAGAAGUCAAGAAUCAUCCGUCGAGAAAAGCAGGCCAGAGCGUGGUGGAUGUGAUGCCGCAGUCGACGGUGCGUCUAGUCCUGCAGGAUGUCGAAUUCUCCACGUUGACAGCAGCUAGGAUGUGACGAAGAGGGAAGCCUGCAAAGCAUUCGUGGACGCUUGCAUGGCCAAGCAUGGCCGCAUCGAUGUUCUGGUCAACAAUGUGGGCAAAUCCGAGCCAGGAGGACCGGCCGAGCUCUCCGAAGAAGUUUGGGACGCCCAGACCGAUGUGAAUCUGAAAUCUGUGUACCUGAUGUGCCAUCUAGUACUCCCAAUCAUGGAGAAGCAGAGUAGCGGCGGUACCGUGCUGAAUGUCGCCUCGGUCGCUGGAUUGCGGUACAUUGGAAAGCCACAGGUGGCGUAUGCGGCGACCAAGGCGGCCAUCAUCCAGUUCACCAAGACGACUGCGGUCAUCUAUGCGCAAAGAACUCAGGGCAGAGUGCGGCUGAAUACGGUGGUGCCUGGGCUGAUCAACUCGCCGUUGGUCUCUGUGCUUGCAGACAAGUAUGCUGGAGGCGACCAAGAAGGAUACCGCAAAGUCCGAGAAAAGCAAGUUCCUACAGGCAAGAUGGGCUCCGUUUGGGACGUUGCACAUGCGGCUGUGUAUCUUUGUUCGGACGAAGCAUCAUACGUUACAGGCCAAGAGCUCGUAGUAGAUGGGGCCAUCACGGACUCCACAGGCCAGCCAUGA